GAAACUAUUCUCUUCAUAUUUAAUCAGUAAAUCUACUAAAAGAAUUGGAUACAUGUUUUCAUUACCAAAGUCAUGAAGAGUUAGAUUUCAUGGUUAGAAUUCACAAUAAAUUAUCAUGGUUUCAGUAAAUUAUCACUUUUUGCUAAGGGAUGUCAUUUGUAAAAUUAAAACAUUUGUUUGCAGGUAUUUAAAAGCCUUUUAUGUUGUGGUUGUGGGUUUUAAAUGCUGACAUCAUGAGGGUCAUACAUUUAUAAAAAGUAGUGUCAAAUUUAUUUAACUGCUGCUUUUGUUUAAGAAAAUUGAAGAAAAACACUUACAACUGCUCUAACAUUUUAAAAGAAAAUUCUGGCUCUUUUUAAAACCAUAAACUUUCUGUCUUAAAAGUAGGAUCUCGAGCCAUUUUGUGAAAGAACACAAGAAUCCCUGGAACUUGGAAAUAAACGCAGAUUGGUGUUUAUUUGUGUUAUUUUAAAUAUAGUAGCACUGUGUGUUAGAAAACUGAAUCUGUAACACCUAAGUCAGGCUAAGCAAGCAAAUAAUAUCAACUAACAUGGCUUUAAUCUACUAAGUAACUUAAAAUCCAAAAGAUCAAAGGACAUUAUAACUAAAAACAGUCCUUCACGCAAUUUCCCUGUGGAAGCAGGAAAAGGCUAGAAAUUACAUGUCACCUUCAUAUCCUGGCUUGCUGACCUUGUGCUCAGAUCAAGCCCCUCUGUAUGCCAGCUGUUACCAUUAUUAAGACCUUGCCCCAAGGGGUUAAGUAGGAGAAAAACUCUCCUGUCCUAUUGGAGAGCAAACACUGAAAGUUUCAGCCCCUAACAUGCCUAAUUCAAAGCAAUGUGCAUGUGCUUGUCAUUCAGUCUGUCCUGCCCCUCUGUGGAGCUGCUCCUGCCAACUCAUUGCUUUCUGCUGUGCUGUGUUCCUGCAGUCAGUUACCGCUGUUGCUACUGCAAUCAUUUGCACCAAACUGAGCCAGAGAAGUUCCCUCUUUUAACAUAAAGGGUCAAGAAAUUGGAGCAUGGCUAUGAGCAAUGGAAACAAUGAUUUUGUGGUUCUGAGUAAUAGCAGCAUCACAGCCGGUGCUGCUGACCCAAAUCGCCUCAGUCCCUGUGAUGGAGAUCGUGCAGCCCAGCAGUUCACACCCAAAGAAGCAACAAGAACAAAAGUGAGUCCAAAUGGAUGCCUGCAACUUAACGGCACAGUUAAAUCGUCCUUACUGCCUUUAGACAACCAAAGAAUGCCUCAGAUGUUAUCCCAAUGCUGUCAUCCUUGUCCCUACCAUCACCCUUUGACUAGCCAUAGCAGUCACCAAGAGUGCCAUCCCGAGGCUGGCCCUGCAGCACCCUCUGCUUUGGCCUCGUGUUGCAUGCAGCCACACUCCGAGUAUUCCGCAUCUCUUUGUCCACAUCAUUCACCUGUGUAUCAGACUACGUGCUGUCUUCAGCCCUCUCCAUCCUUCUGCCUGCAUCAUCCGUGGCCUGACCAUUUUCAGCAUCAGCCUGUGCAACAGCACAUAGCCAACAUAAGACCAUCCAGACCUUUCAAGUUACCAAAAAGUUACGCAGCCCUGAUAGCCGACUGGCCGGUGGGGGUCCUGGGCAUGUGCACGAUGUUUAUCGUGGUCUGUGCCUUGGUUGGAAUAUUAGUCCCAGAGCUUCCUGACUUCUCUGAUCCAUUGCUGGGUUUUGAACCAAGAGGAACAGCAAUAGGCCAGAGAUUGGUCACAUGGAAUAAUAUGGUGAAUAAUACAGGAUACAAAGCAACAUUAGCAAAUUAUCCCUUUAAAUAUGCCGAUGAACAAGCCAAAAGCCAUCGGGAUGAUAGAUGGUCAGAUGAUCAUUAUGAAAGAGAGAAAAGAGAAGUUGACUGGAACUUCCACAAAGACAGCUUUUUCUGCGACGUUCCAAGUGACCGAUAUUCCAGAGUGGUAUUUACUUCAUCUGGAGGGGAGACAUUAUGGAAUUUACCUGCAAUUAAAUCAAUGUGCAAUGUAGAUAAUUCCAGGAUCAGAUCGCAUCCCCAGUUUGGCGAUCUUUGCCAGAGGACCACUGCUGCCUCCUGCUGCCCCAGCUGGACGCUGGGGAACUACAUCGCCAUUCUGAACAACAGAUCGUCCUGUCAGAAAAUAGUCGAGCGAGACGUUUCUCAUACCUUGAAGCUGCUUCGGACUUGUGCCAAACACUACCAAAAUGGCACUCUGGGACCAGACUGCUGGGACAUGGCAGCCAGAAGAAAGGACCAGCUCAAGUGCACCAAUGUGCCCCGCAAAUGUACCAAGUACAAUGCCGUGUACCAGAUCCUCCAUUACUUGGUGGACAAAGACUUUAUAACCCCAAAGACGGCUGACUAUGCCACACCAGCUUUAAAAUACAGCAUGCUCUUCUCUCCCACAGAGAAAGGGGAGAGCAUGAUGAACAUUUACUUGGACAACUUUGAAAACUGGAACUCUUCUGACGGCGUGACCACCAUCACCGGGAUUGAGUUUGGUAUCAAACACAGUUUGUUUCAGGAUUAUCUUCUAAUGGAUACUGUGUAUCCUGCCAUAGCCAUUGUGAUUGUCCUUUUAGUCAUGUGUGUCUACACCAAGUCCAUGUUUAUCACGCUGAUGACAAUGUUUGCAAUAAUCAGUUCUUUGAUUGUUUCCUAUUUUCUCUAUCGUGUAGUAUUUCACUUCGAAUUCUUUCCUUUUAUGAACCUCACUGCCCUCAUUAUUUUGGUUGGAAUUGGAGCGGAUGAUGCUUUUGUCCUGUGCGAUGUUUGGAACUACACCAAAUUUGAUAAGCCUCAUGCGGAAACCUCAGAAACAGUAAGCAUCACCUUGCAGCACGCUGCCCUCUCCAUGUUUGUCACCAGUUUUACCACUGCUGCUGCCUUUUACGCUAACUAUGUUAGCAACAUUACCGCAAUCAGAUGCUUUGGGGUGUAUGCGGGGACAGCUAUAUUGGUGAAUUAUGUUUUGAUGGUCACGUGGCUUCCAGCAGUUGUUGUGCUGCAUGAACGAUAUCUUCUUAAUAUAUUCACUUGCUUCAGAAAGCCCCAGCAGCAAGUAUAUGGCAACAAAAGCUGCUGGACCGUGGCUUGCCAGAAGUGCCACAAAGUACUCUUUGCCAUUUCAGAAGCAUCUCGAAUUUUUUUUGAAAAGGUGUUGCCAUGCAUUGUCAUUAAGUUUCGCUACCUUUGGCUGUUUGGGUUCCUUGCCUUAACUGUAGGUGGGGCCUACAUUGUAUGUAUAAAUCCAAAGAUGAAACUGCCCUCACUGGAGUUAUCCGAGUUCCAGGUAUUCAGGUCGUCUCAUCCUUUUGAGCGUUACGAUGCUGAAUACAAAAAACUUUUCAUGUUUGAACGUGUCCACCAUGGCGAGGAGCUCCACAUGCCCAUCACAGUCAUCUGGGGCGUGUCCCCAGAAGACAACGGCAAUCCACUAAAUCCCAAGAACAAAGGGAAGCUGACGUUAGACAGCAGCUUUAACAUCGCCAGCCCCGCUUCCCAGGCCUGGAUUUUGCACUUCUGUCAAAAACUGAGAAACCAAACAUUCUUUUACCAGACUGAUGAACAGGACUUCACCAGCUGCUUCAUUGAGACAUUCAAACAGUGGAUGGAGAACCAGGACUGUGAUGAGCCUGCCCUGUACCCAUGCUGCAGCCACUGGAGCUUCCCCUAUAAGCAAGAGAUUUUUGAACUGUGCAUCAAGAGAGCUAUCAUGGAGCUGGAAAGGAGUACAGGGUACCAUUUGUAUAAGAAAACCCCAGGGCCAAGGUUUGAUAUCAAUGAUACUAUCAGGGCAGUGGUGUUAGAGUUCCAGAGUACCUACCUCUUCACACUGGCUUAUGAAAAGAUGCAUCAGUUUUAUAAAGAGGUGGACUCAUGGAUAUCCAAUGAGCUGAGUUCAGCCCCUGAAGGCCUCAGCAAUGGUUGGUUUGUCAGCAAUCUGGAGUUUUAUGACCUCCAGGAUAGCCUCUCCGAUGGCACCCUCAUUGCCAUGGGGCUGUCAGUUGCUGUUGCAUUUAGCGUGAUGCUGCUGACAACUUGGAACAUCAUCAUAAGCCUUUAUGCCAUCAUUUCGAUUGCUGGAACGAUCUUUGUCACUGUCGGUUCUCUUGUCCUGCUGGGUUGGGAGCUAAACGUGUUGGAAUCUGUCACUAUUUCAGUUGCCGUUGGCUUGUCUGUAGACUUCGCCGUCCAUUAUGGGGUUGCCUACCGCCUGGCUCCCGAUCCCGACCGAGAAGGCAAGGUGAUCUUCUCUCUGAGCCGCAUGGGCUCUGCCAUUGCCAUGGCUGCCCUGACCACCUUCGUGGCUGGGGCCAUGAUGAUGCCCUCCACCGUUCUAGCUUACACCCAGCUAGGCACUUUCAUGAUGCUCAUCAUGUGCAUCAGCUGGGCCUUUGCCACCUUCUUCUUCCAGUGCAUGUGUCGGUGCCUCGGACCGCAGGGUACCUGUGGUCAAAUUCCUUUACCUAGAAAACUACAGUGCAGUGCCUUUUCCCAUGCCUUGUCUACAAGUCCUAGUGACAAGGGACAGAGCAAAACACAUACCAUGAAUGCUUAUCAUUUAGAUCCCAGGGGCCCAAAAUCAGAAUUGGAGCAUGAGUUUUAUGAAUUAGAACCUCUGGCUUCCCACAGCUCCACUGCCUCUGAGAAGACCACUUAUGAAGAAACCCACAUCUGCUCUGAAUUUUUCAACAGCCAAGCAAAGAAUUUAGGGAUGCCUGUGCACGCAGCUUACAACAGUGAACUCAGCAAAAGCACCAAAAAUGACCCUGGCUCUGCCUUGCUGCAGCCCUCUCUUGAACAGCACACCAUGUGUCACUUCUUCUCUCUGAAUCAGAGAUGUAGCUGCCCAAAUGCCUACAAAUGCUUGAAAUAUGGCCCACACUCUUGGCAGCAGAUGGGAGACUGCUUGUGCCACCAGUGUGCUCCUACCGCUAGCAGCUUUGUCCAGCUCCAGAAUGGUGUGGCACCUCUGAAGGUCACACACCAAGCCGCCGAGGGCUUUGUGCACCCCCUCACGCACAUCCACCCCUGUCCCUGCCUGCAGGGCAGAGUAAAGCCAGCUGGGAUGCAGAAUUCUCUGCCUACGAAUAUUUUCCUCCACCCAGCGCAGCAAAUUCAGGCCCAAGAAAAAAUUGGCAAGACCAAUGUACACAGUUUUCAGAGCAUAGAAGAGCAUCUUCCAAAGAUGGCAGUGCCAUCGUCAUUUGUCUGCGGAAGCACUGGAUCAUUACUCAAAACAUGUUGCGACCCCGAGAAUAAACAAAGGGAACACUGUGAAAAUAGAGAUGUGGAAAAUAGGGAGAGCGGUGGAGAGACAGAAAACAAGCCAGGAGGGAAAGUGGAGCUGAGCUUGUUGCAGACGGAUGCAAGUGUGAACUCAGAACAUUUAAAUCAGAAUGAACCAAAAGUCAUAUUUAAUCCUUUAAUGGGGGAGGCUGGUUGUAGGUCCUGCCCAAACAAUUCACAAAGUUGUGGCAGAAUUGUGAGAAUGAAGUGCAAUUCUGUGGACUGUCAAAUGCCAAACAUUGAAGCCAAUGUGCCCGCUGUAUUAACACACUCAGAACUUUCUGGUGAAAGUUUGUUAAUAAAAACACUAUAAUAAAUACAGCAUUCAGUUCAGAACCAGUGCCUCAAUUAUUCUUUUUAAAUGGAAGUAAAAGCCAGAGGCUUAGAAAAGAAGCCCAAAAAUACAGCAACAAGCGUGUUUCACGCUAACCGUUAUAUAAUAUUUUUAUAUUUUGUAGGAACAAACGAACUUGCAAAUCUGCUGAGUGCAUUAGGUUGUCAGAUUGGAUGAUGAUUGGAUUUUAUAUUUUCAAAAAGUAUUGUUGUUUUUUACGUUUAUGCCCAGCUUGAAAAAUACUUGUCUCUCUUUCUACCCUCCCACUGCUGCAGAGAUUUAAAGUUUGAAUUACCUAGACAUUUCAGUUCUCCCUGGCCACCGUAUUCACCUGAUGUACUCAUUCUAGAGUAUUUGGUGGGCAGUAAUCAGGACUUUUGAUUGCUCAGCAUGAAUACUAGGAAUUGCUCUAAUUUUAAUAGAGCCACUUCAGUUGGGAUUCAAGAACUAAAAAACAUUAAAAUUUACAUUUUUGGUGAAGCCUCAUGUAAAAAAUCAAUUGCCAAGCACCUUAACGCAUCCCAUGUGCCUGCUUCAGUAGACUUCACAUGAAGCCAAGAGCACACUUACAUCCACAUCAGUGCUUUUCCACUUUAGCCGAAAUGUACAGUUGUUCAGUUAUUAGAGCUGCUAACUCAGGAGCCACGAGCAUCAUCUGUAUCAGGCCACAAUUAUGUUAGAGGCACAGAAGGAAAGGCAUGAAUGAAGAGAUGUGAUCAUGCAAAAUAGUGCUAUUCUUUACAAGAUACAUUGCAUGGUGACAAAGAUAGAUCCAGGUCACGUGAGCAUUCAGAGCAAGGAAACGUAUGAAGUUUUACUUCCAACUCUGCCCCUAAGGGGCCAUGUUUAGAAGGCUUCUUUCUCCUUUGUUAAAGAGUGUCUCAAGACACGUGAGGAUUAUUUUCUUAUGCAGCUAACACCUGGAAAUGCUAAGCCUUCAGGCAGCAUCUUAAAUGACACUUGGGUAUCUCAUGUUAGAUCAGUCUACAGUAAUUGAGCCUUUGGAUCAUGCUUUCUGGAUAAUGCUUCAGAUGGCGGUCCUCAUCACAGGGUGUCAUCUGAUCCUUUGUGCAUUCCAGCCCCGUCCUGGAAGUAUUCCUCUGCAUUCCGCUUCCCUCUGGAAUUCUACCUCCAAUUUGGUCCUCCGAAGGAAACAGUGGAAAUAUUUGUAAAUACAAUGUUCCCUCCAAAAGUUAUACUUGUUAUUUUCUAAGAAUAGUUUUCCAAAUGAGAUCUGCAUAUUAUUCUAGGGCCUGAAGAAAAGCUGUCAGAAGCAGGAAGGGAGCUUAUGGGUCAUUGACUUCAGCACACAUCCACUAAACCUCAUUCUUCUUAAGUAACUUUCCAGCUUUUGCUUCAGUGACCAGUAAGUAGCUUCCUACACGUCUACGUUGGUUGAACCAGAAUCUGUUGUCCUGUAGUUUUUCUGCCAGUUUGUCCUCAUUCUGUUCUCUCAAGUGAAAACAAACAUCUCUAAUCUUUCUGCCACAUGGUAUCCUUCAGAUACUUGAAAACAGUAAUCAUGUCCUCCCACUAACAUUUGCAGUUCACAGAAUUGUUCUUCUCGUGAACACAGAUGGAGCUUCUAUGCCCUGUGCAGUUGCAGUACCCAAACAGACUCUGAUUACAUCGCAAGGAGGAGGACCAGCCGCAGGAGUCUGCAUGGCACUCCCACUAGUUCACAUAGAGAUGGAAGUAACUUUUGCUCAAGUAUUACAGCUAACUCUGAGGCAGCGUACAGGGAACUAACCCUCACACAUGUUAUGUUUCUCACAUGUUUGUUGCUAAGCUGCCUCUUCAAACCAGUUAAUUUUUUUACCACUGACAUUCAGGAGCUUGUGUCCAUUCCCAUCGCACUUAAUUCUGUUAGAUAAAUAAAGGGACAUAUGGAGGAGAAGGAACAGUUGAAAACAGGACUCACAAUACCCAACACUAGAGUCUUUGUUUUCCCUCUGAAAUGUGUAACCAUAAAGUUACGUGAAAAUUUAGUGGCCCAAAAGCACUUUUUUGUUGGGCACACACACAGAUUGAAUUUAAAGGCAAUGAAAAAAAAUGCCGAUUUCUUUACGGAUGAUCUAACCUGAAGACUUUCAGGUAAGCUAAGUGUCGUAUGAGAUGAAAAUGAAGAUUAGAGGGAGGAGGGGGAGCAUCCUAUGUCUCCUUCCUGGGUUCCAUCAGGGAGGCAUGGCUACUGUGCACAGCGCCUGCUCUGGCUCCAGGGACCUGGAGGGGCCUUCCCCCUCCCCCAGCCCCCACCUCUGAUUACCCUGAAACUUGAAUGCAGCAGUGAACCCUUUUCACAUUUAUUUCAUCUCCAGAUUUGGGACUUUGAAUUGACUAUGUUUUUCGCAAAUGGAUUUCCUUUUUAAAAAAUUAUUUAUUUGCUAGGGCUAGAAAGUUUUAAAUUUUUCUUUUUUUAUUUUUAGCUCAUUACUGGGCAGCAAAGGGUCACUAUUUCUAGUACCGUUUCACAAAAAAUUUCAUCCAGUCUUCUAGGUAAUUUGCAAAGCAGAUACUUAGGGAAAAGAGCUCUUUCCUGUCUGUGAAAUACUUGUAACUUGGAAACUAUUUGAUUAUGGAAAGAAUUCACAGACUGUCUGUUACUACAGCAGAGCACAUCUUUGAGGUUUGAGUCCAAGUUAUCAAAUUUGUUCCUGACUUCCCCCUUCAAGGUUACUUUUUAAAUCCCUAUUUUAUUGAAAAGUGGAAUAGGCCAAGAGCAAGACAUUUUUCACAGAGACAAGCUGUUUUUGAAAUAACUACACAGCUUCAUGUGUGUAUUCAUUUCUUGUGUAUAAUUGCUGUAAAAUGCACAUCCGUCUAGAACAGCAUUCUUUAAAGGUAUGCUAAGCUGCUAUUAAAUGUUAUUGUAGUAAUCUAUGCCCCAGCUUCAAUCAUUCUAAAUUUUUAAACUUUUGCAUGGGGUGAUGUGAAGAGUAGUUUACAAAUGUGAUCUUACAGGAGAUUAGGAAAUGUUCCCACUUCUCAUUGUCUCACAUAGAAACCAUCUUUCUGCCAGCAGUUAGGAUAGUUUCUGAAUGAAAUAUCAGGAAACAGUGUCUUUGAAAACAGCUGCAUCUUUUCACUUUAAUUAGGAGAGUCAUUUU